UGAUCGCCUCGAUCCAUUGUGCAGCGUGGAAAUUUAGAGGUGCACGGACCACAGACCAGCUGAGUCGAAGCCACCUUUUGACUCGACUCGACUCGAUUCGCUUUGACUCGAUUUGUAUUGAGCCGCGUGUAGCUUCCGUCUGGACUGAUACAGUCGAUCGGUACAAAGUCAGAUACUUUCCCUCGACCUCGACUCUCCGCCCCGAACAUUCGUACAUCGGUGCGAAGAAGAGCAUGAGCUCAACCACGCCCGCUCCCGCUCCUUCUCACACCUCCACGUCGAAAGUGAAGCAGCUGCAGCUCCCUUCCGUCUUCCACUUCGAGGGAUGGGAGAUCCGCUACAGACUCUCCCGGAGCAGUGGUAGUGCAGCUUCCAAAGAGGCAGCUACAGAUGCAGCGCAGGCCGCUAGCACAGGUGCAGGUGCUGAGCCCCUCGUCUUCGUCCACGGCACGCCCUGGUCCUCGGCCGUGUACGGACCGGUGAUUGAAGCACUGCAGGCGAAGGACGGCGGUAAGGGAGCAUCGGCAGGCACGGGCCGUACGAGCCUUGUGUAUGACCUUCCAGGGUAUGGACAAUCCCAGAAUUUCCAGUCAUCGCUUCGCGCUCUGGCUGCCACCUCGGCAGGAACAGGCGAGACUUCCAGUGUCCGGCCUGCCUUCGUGGGCGAUACAUCCGUUCGUCUCCAGGCAAGAGCGCUCGCUGCCCUCCUCAAGCACACGAAACUCGACGGAGCACCCAGCGAUGCUCUUCCUCCGCUGGUGAUCGCUCAUGAUAUCGCUGGCACCAUCGUACUGCGUGCGCACCUCCUCGAGGGUUGCGCCUUCUCCCGCAUGCUCCUGGUAGACACAAAUACGAUCCUGCCGUGGGGCGAUGGCUUCUACAAGCUGUUGCGCUCCGAGCCUGGUCCAUUCACGCGGCUUCCAUCGCCCAUAUUCGAGGCGAUGUUGCGUGCGGUGAUUAGGAGUGCUUGCUACAGGGGGGAGGCGCUGAGCGCAGAUGGGGGAGCGGGUAGGUGGGAAGACGUUCUUGCUCAACCGUGGCUUCCGCACCCGGAGGACACAUCAUCGCAAGAUGGACAGCACAGGCAGCACAGCUUCGUCCGCCAAAUCGCCCAAGCCAACGACGCCGACGUUGCCGAGCUCUUCGCUGCAGACAAAGGAGGAGGAUACAGCAAUGUGAACUGCGAUGUCACGGUCCUCUGGGGCGAGGAGGAUCAGUGGAUCCCGCGCGACAAGGUCGAGACAUUUAUUGGGAUGCUGGGGGAGAGAUGCAAGCGCAAGGUGUUUGUGCCGCGGGCGGGACAUUUGCUGAUGCUGGAUCAGCCGGAGGUGUUUCAGAGGGAGGUGCUCGAGUGGUUGGAAGUGGAAUAGAAUGGACCGACGGAGCAGCGAGGGUAUGAUAAUGUACAGUAAAGGGUUCCAAGGAUGUGGCUGAUCGAAUGUAUACCCAUCGACUUGUCCGCCUUGCGCCGCUCAUCGGCUCUUACCCAAGUCCCACUCUCUCACCGAACCUUUCGGUGCGUACUUUGUAUCGAGCGCCGAAGAGCCCACUGCAGUUGCCUCCUUCUCCUCAUUGUCCGCUUUAGACCGAUGACGGUGAGAGCUGCGUCGCCUCCGCUCAGGUGACGCACUCCGCGACCUUGAAGCAGACCUGUU